AUGCCGCGGGCACUUAUUAUAUUUUUGGUAUUGGCUGUAUUGGUUGGUACAGCGGAUGCUGAUUGGUUGGAUAAUGUGUUCGAUUGGUUGGGAAAUGCUGCGAGAGACUCGGCUGAUUGGGUCGGAAAUAAAGCGCUUCCAAAGGUCCAGGAUGCUUUCGAUCACGCUCAUCGAUGGGUAAAAAAUCGUGUACACGACACAAAGGACUGGUGGAACGACGUUGAUGAUGAUGGGUACAACGGGCCAAGAUAUUAUAAUGGACAGCAGGCAUACCAGCCAAAUGAGGGAUCGUAUGACGGCAAUAAUGAUUAUAACCCAAGGUUCCGCCGU